AGCACGUCAUUUCGGUCCCGCGUCAUUUCGGACUCAGCACAAACGUCGUUUCGGACUCAGUAUGGCGACUUUUCGGACUUACUCGGUGUCAUUUCGGACUCAGUCAAACGACAUUUAGGACUCGGACCGGCGACAUUUCGGACUCGGACUCAGACUCAAAUAAAACUUAAAAUUAUGUGUGUAUAUAUUAGUAAUAGCUGUUUUUCUUUCGUUGUAGGUGAGGCUCAAGACAGACCAUUCACAUUAAUAAAGAUUUAAACAUUGUUAGUCUUGUUUUAUUUAUCCCAUACAGGCCAUUACUUGACAACACGCCUUUGAACUUGAACUUGAAGUAAAACCUAUGCUACUUGCCUUUUUUGUAUUUGUUUAUUUACUUGAUCGGAUAUUAUUGUAUUUUGAUGAGUAAAUUUUGAUUGUUGACGAUGAAUUAGUUUAGAUUGUUGACGAUAAUCGAUCCGCGAUUGUUGUUUUAAUCUAGCGAUUAGUGAAUCCAGCGAUUAGUGAAACCAUCCCAUUGUUGUAUUUAAGAUUAAUAGCGAUAAUUGAUCGGCGUUUCUAAUAGCCGCUAAGAAAUGAUUGAGAAAUAAAAACACUGAUCGGCGUUUCUAAUAGCCGCUAAGAAAUGAUUGAGAAAUAAUGAAGCCGUUAAGAAAUGAUUGAGCCCAAGCUCAAAUGUAUUAUAUAUAUGUGCCAUAUUUCAAUUCAAAUCAUUCUCAAUUUUUACACGAAUCUAUCAUGGCUAGUGGAAAUUGCGUAAAGUGUACCAAUCCUGUCCGUCCUCGACAAGAAGGCCUCCAGUGCGAUUCUUGUCUUUUAUGGCAACAUCGAACCUGCGAUUCCGGUACGUAAUGAAAUUUUCUUUAUUGUUAUUUAUUAAAACGUUUUAAAUUUGUCGUUUCUUGUAAGUUAUUGUUAUUUAUUAAAACGUUUUAAAUUUGUCGUUUCUUGUAAGUUAUUGUUAUUUAUUAAAACGUUUUAAAUUUGUCGUUUCUUGUAAGUUAUUGUUAUUUAUUGAAACGUUAUAAAUUUGUCGUUUCAGCUUGUAAGUUAUUGUUAUUUAUUGAAACGUUAUAAAUUUGUCGUUAUUGUUAUUUAUUGACACGUACCCGCAAUCCGGGAAUAUUAUUAUUUUAUUUAUCACUAUUUCAGGCAUCACUCGGGAUGAGUACAGGAGUUUAAACCGACAUAGAACUGCUUUUGAAUGGAAAUGCUGUAGAUGUGUUGCCCCGCUCCCCCCUACAGAAGAAGAAAUGGACAUCGAAGAAUCAUUCACCAUUGAACGACCAUACCAGCUACCUGAUCCGGUUAUCGAGUCUUCAAUGUCUGAAGAUGAGCAAGAUAUUAGCGUAUUUGCUGAAGAAGAACCUGAAUUAGCAUACACUAUAGAAGAGGCAGCAACAACACGUGGGAAAAAGAAGCUGUUUGACAACAUUGGUUUUGCUUAUACGAUAAAGACGGACAAGAAAACGACCGUAUGGAGGUGCUGCAAGAGAAAUGGUUCCCUGACUUGUCCUGCAACGGUGAUUCAGGAUGGUACCGACUUCAAGAAAGGUUUGAAAGAGCAUAUUCACCCAGCAGAACCUGGUAUAUUGACUGCUGCUAAAAUUAAAGUAACGGUAUGUAUAUAAAAAUACAAAUAUUAAAGUAACGAUAUGUACAUAUAUUAAAAGAUUGAAAGAACAGAUAUUCAUUCCUCCAGCUGACCCUGGUACUGACUGUUGCUGAAAUAAAAAAAAAGAAUAUGUAUAAUAUUUAUUAUAUCAUUGCAGGCUAAGAAGGAAGCCAUAGGAAAUAUUUUUACAAGAUCCUGUCCAUCAAUCGCAGAGAGUGUCAUGGCAAGUGUAGGAUCGGUCAACGAACCAGUGUAUAGCAGACCACCUCUUGCAGCAUUGAUAAGGUCGGUGCAGCGAACCAGACAGACUCUCCGACCAAAUGACCCAGUAGACAUGUCUUCCCCUCUGGAUGAAGACUUUAUUGACAGCAACGCUCCCGGCUUCUACCAGAAGCGGGUUAAAGUAGGGGAAAGGCGACAUCACAUCUUUGCCACUGAAGAUCAACUGCGACUUUUGGCAAAGGCUAAAACGUGGUACAUGGACGCCACCUUCCGAGUUAUCAACAAACCAUAUUCUCAAUUAUUUUCUAUCCACGCUUUCGUAAAAGCCGGGGAAACCACGAAGCAGGUACCACUUGUCUUUUGUGUAAUGUCCGGGAAGAGUCAGGACGAUUACUACAAGGUUCUCCGGGCAGUGGACAAGAUGCUACCAAGCCAGAUUGCCUUGGAGGGAUUUGUGGUGGAUUUUGAGGCGGGGUUAUGGCAGGCCCUUAGACGCCGUUUUGUAGAUAUAAGAAUUCAAGGAUGCGUGUUUCAUUGGACCCAGGCCGUUUUCCGGAAAAUUCAAGAAAAGGGAUUCCAGACAGCGUACAACGAAAAGGGGGACGUGUUUAAUUAUUUGAGGCGAUUGAUGGCUCUCCCUUUCCUGCCCGAAGAACACGUGGCGGGCAUGUUUGCCCAUUUGAAAGACAGGUGCCCAGAACAGUUAGAGCCGAUAUGUACAUACAUAGAAGAUCAAUGGAUUUCAUCUCGUCUGUUUCCAAUAGAAGAUUGGUGCGUGUUUAUGUUGCCAGUGAGAACCAAUAACGACGUGGAGGGCUGGCACAACAGACUAAAUUCCCGUGUCAACGCCAGAGGUCCUGUGCCAUUUUAUCUAUUGAUUUGCGCACUUUUUUCAGAAGCUACAAAGAUACCACUGGACCUCACAAUGAUGUCGGAAGGUUCAUUGAGACGACACCAAAGACGUCGGUAUCGACAUGUAGAAGGCCAACUUUUUAAUAUAUGGGAUUCAUACAAUGAAAAACAGAUGAGCACUAGUAGACUAUUAAAAAAAAUAAGUCAUUUGUAUGGUCCACCCGCUCAGUGAAAAACAAUUACAUAAUUAAAAAAAUGAAAAAAAAAAAAAAAAAAAAUGAAUAGCCGACUAAAGCUAUUUUUUCAUCAAAUAAAUACACGUGUUGUUAUAAAUGUUGCGUUAAUGUAUGAAUGUGUAUGUAUUUAUACAAUAAAUGAAUGUUUUAUAUGACCGUUGUUAUCGCUAUAUGGUAUGUUUAAAAAUAAAAUAAUAUGCCCGUUGUUAUAAAUCGAUGUUAUCAUUUUAUGCUAUGUUGAUAAAUAAAAUAGUUUAUAAAGUAAAUUGGCGUCAGUGUGUUGUAUAAUUCUAUCUUACCUACCCGAGUCCGAAACGUCACCUACCCGAGUCCGAAACGUCACCUACCCGAGUCCGAAAUGUCACCUACCCGAGUCCGAAAUGUCGGGGACAUAUUUUUUGGAGUCCGAAAUGACGUAAGUCCGAAAUGACGCGGGACCGAAAUGACAUGUAAUCUCUUAUACUGUAUCAAUUGUAGCGUUAAACACAGUUUGAUGCUACAGUAUUUGUAGCUAUGUCCAUCCCUGUUUUCUCAGGGUAUUACGGUUUCCUCUCAUCAUUUCUAAUGCUAAAGACUCCUACGCGCAAGCAAAUAAUUAUUGAAAUAAAAUUGAACUAUAUGUUAGUCCCGAAAUGACC